AUGGACGCGCAGGCCGCCUUGGAAACGCUGUAUCUGACAUGUCACCGCCGCGAUGACAGCGAUGUCUUGCCACCACAUAGCUUGCGGGAUACUGUGGCCACAGCUCAGCCGUGGACGACCACGAGAUGUCACCGGCUGUUGCGACCGCUGAUUUCUCACCUGGCGGCCCUUCUGAAGGAGGAGGUCAGGAUAACAGCUCAGCGAAGAGACAUGGCUGCAGAAGGCCGCUCGCUGGAACUGGAACGUCUGACGGACCCAAGUAAGCAGUCCCCUUUAUCAGAGCCUGGGACUGGUUCAAAGCGAGUACGCUAUACGUAUUCAUCACGAAGAAGGCGUCAUCAACAGCCAACUAUGACUUUCACGGCCAUAGAAGACACGUUCAAGCCAGCACCUUCCACACAACAUCGGCAGCAGCUGGCUGGACGCUACGUGUCCCCAGGCGAAAUCGUGGUGCCAACACCGGUCCUCUGUCGGGCAACAAAACAAAAGCGCGCAUUCUCGCUGCCGUCUUCGCCACUCGGAAGUCGCACAUGCACAAAGACAACCUCAGAAAGGGGCUCGCUACCAACGUCCCCAUCGAGAUGCGGCAUUCCUGUUUACCGAGGCCACUGCAAUGGAGCUUUCAAUAAUGGCGGCAGCAUCAACACGAGCAGCAACCCGGCCAUGAAAGACGAUUGGGCUCGUCUCUGCAGCGCAACUUUGGGGAAGCGCUUCCAGCUAUACGAGUCGAUAUUUCGGGCCAUCGAGGCCCUAUUACGAGCAACUUCAGCCGGGCCGACAGUGACCACGGCAAAGAAGCAGAAGCCGAAGCCGAGAAGCCUGCUGGAGAUGUGUCUGCGCACCGUUCCCCAGUACGUGGCAGCAUGUGAAGCCGAGGAGCGCCAGGAGGCCGUGCAGUCUGGUACAACGCCACCGGCUUCGUCACAGAUAUCGUUUGAAGUCUACGCCGACCUGGAAUCUCUCGGCCACGGCGCUGAUGGCUGGCAGCACUUGCGGACUGUUGUGCGUUCGCAUGCCAUCAGUCUUGUCGCAGCAGCAUGUGCCGACGGCCUGCUGCACUCGGCUUUCGUCCGCAUCUUGAUCCGUCUGCUCAUGCUCCUGGGGGCACACACUGAAGCAGAGAGUCUGCUGGUGGCCUUUGUCUGGCGCAGUGGCAGCUACCCAAUGCCGCUGGAAGGCGCCGAAAGCGUCUUUUCUAGAGCACCGGGGUCAUUGGAGCCGCUUCGGAUCUUGGUCGAAUACGCUGAAGAAACGGGGCGCUGGUCCUGCUUGUUCCAGCAGCUUGAUGGCCUCCUCCAGAGCGGCCGCCUGCCACCCGCCUGGCUCUCGACGCUUGCUUUCAGCGGCAUUUGGGAACGCAUCGUCCAGAUUUCGUCUAGCUGCAACAUCUCGACGGGCGAAGGCCAAUCCAGCCGCAGCUUUGCCGAGACGGCCAUCGCACGGCUCAUCCACUGCCAGCCCGGUGACGACCUGGAUGUCCCGAUUGCUCGUCCAAGCAGCCUGCAGCCGUUGUCGUCUACGUCAUCGUCGUCCUACCAUACGCUCGCCAGCGUCCUUGGCAGUCUCGCUGCCGUUGCCAUUCUCCAGCGGGAGGCUGUCGCAGAUGUCGAAGAUGGCCCUGCAGAACACGACGUUCCCAGCCUGAGACGGUUAGCGAUCAUUGUAGAGACCUGUCUGGCCAGCGAUCCAGCAGGAAAGAAGAAGCGGAGGGUGCGAAGGUCUCUCAACAACCAGAUGAGCGAGACAAGGAAGCGCUUCCUUCUCGGACUAGCCAGAUUCCUGUCGAGCUUUGGGGCCAACAUGACCAACAUGACCGAGUCGUGCGAUAGAGCUGCUUCUUGGUGCGAGGAGAUUUCCCUGCGUUCUGGGCCGGAACAGAGGAGACAGUUGUACGAUGCCACGAUAACUCUGGUUGCAUCGGUCGCCCAGAGCUGUGGACGCGGAGCGGCAGCGACCACAGAUGCCAAGCCUGCCCGUGUUUAUCUUGCCCAGCUCUGCUCCUCUGUCACCGGCCGUCUUGGAAGCUGUUUCUCGCCCCUAAACGCCAGAGAUGUUUCGGCCAAGCGGAUGCACGCGGACGGGGCCUUUCUCCUAGCCAGCCGCACCAACGAUCUUCGCGACCUAGCCUUUGCCGAGAGUCUCGGCGUGGCAAAGGCUCAGAGAAGGCCGCAAAGGUGUGGAUUAGACGAUUCUUUCGACUCUGUAGAGACGUCUCCGGAAGCGGUCGUGUCAGCGCCUCCUGCUGCCGUUUCACCAACGGCGCUUUUUGCUGGCUAUCGGUGGGAAGAAGGCAUCAGCGAGUGGGUCAUUGCAAGCCCGGAGCCAGAGAGGAGGACGUUGGUGACGCGGUCGCGGUCGCCGGCUCUGGCCUCUCUCAGCAACGUUUCAGUCGAAGACGCUGACCAUGUGACUCCACGCAAAGCGCCAAGACUACGCGAUAUGACGACGCCAGAAAGUGCAGCGUCGGACCAGCACGUCCACAGAGCGAAGCGCCUUCGGCUGGGACGCAAAAGCUGGGCUGGCGAACUCAGCCGCAGCAGUCGAGCAAAGUCGUGGUCAAUAGCCAGCCUUGUUUCAGACGGCGACGAUGACACCAGCGACGACCGCGACGGCUUCGACGAGAUCAGCAUUGAAAUACAGCGGGGUCCCCUGUUCCGGGUGGACAGCAUCGCCCCGACCCCCGUGGGGCUUGGCCUUGGAAAGCGGAAGCGGGCGCUGGCAAGGAGCAGCCUACGAUUGAACACGGACGACGCCAGCGACGACGAGCUGUGCAUGUGA